AUGGCGCCUUUCGAAGCAUUGUAUGGUAGAAGAUGCCGAACACCCUUGUGUUGGUAUGAGUCCGGUGAAAGUGUGGUGCUUGGACCGGAGAUUGUCCAACAAACCACUGAGAAGGUUAGGACGAUCCAAGAGAAAAUGAAAGCAUCUCAAAGUAGGCAGAAGAGUUAUCAUGACAAAAGACGGAAGCCAAUAGAAUUUCAAGAAGGAGACCACAUAUUUCUAAGAGUUACUCCAACGACGGGGGUCAGACGUGCCCUAAAAUCUAAGAAACUUAUGCCAUGUUUCAUUGGACCUUAUCAAAUUAUUAAGAGAGUAGGAGAAGUAGCCUAUCAAGUUGCUUUACCGCCGUCACUUUCAAACCUACAUAGUGUAUUCCAUGUGUCCCAACUUCCAAGGUAUAUUCCUGAUCUGUCACAUGUGAUUCAAAUGGAUGAAGUACAAGUGAGGGACAAUUUGACUGUUGAAGUAUUACCCUUGAAGAUAGAAGAUCGAAAGGUGAAGAACUUGAGGGGCAAAGAGAUUGCCUUAGUGAAAGUGACAUGGGGUGGACCUGCCAGGGGCAACAUUACAUGGGAACUCGAGGACAAAAUGAAGGAGUCUUACCCGGAGCUAUUUUCUUCAGUGAAAUAA